AUGAGAAUUACAUUGAAAGAAUAAUUGUAAUAUAUCAAUUAUAUUAUCAGAGAUCAAGUUUGAUUAUGAAGUAUUUUCCAUUUUUAAUUAGAUGGUUGAAUCGAAUGCUAAUAUGCAUAUUCUAGUCAUGGCCUCUCUGUUUUGACUUAAAAAUGGAAUAUAUAUUCUUUUCAAUAGCCACUCAUAUUGUUAAUAAAUCAUCAAAGAGGAAAAUUAUUCUCAAUUUACUUUUCACAACAAUGAGUAAUUUUAUUUAAAAUAUUCUGAACUUGUGUGUACCAUUUAUGAAAAACAUAAUAUCAAUACGUAUGAGUGUAAAUUAUAAGGAUAAUAGUUUAAAUAUAAAAUAGAAUUCUUAUAUUGCAAGAAUUUUCAAGUCGAUAUUUUCUUAAAGGUUUACUAGGUAAAUAGUUAGAAGAAAUUAGAAUUAUAGUGUUAAUUAGUGAAAUUAUAUUUCAUUCUAUUGUAUAUUAUUAUAAAAACAUAGGUUUCACCCCGUUAUUUUGAAUAUUAAACAAGAACAUUGUUCUUUAAUUAUUUUAAUAUAAUAACUAGUUAUUUUGAUGUAUCUUGAGGCAUCUCAAUAUCAUGUUCUUUCAAAUCUAGGGUGUGGGUCUGAGCAUAUGAUAUAUAAGGUGGAGAAUAGGUUAAAUUCUGAGGUGUAGGCGAUUAAAAUUGAAAAAUCCCCAGGAAUAGGUUAAAUCGCAAAUGAGAUUGUAAUACUUAAAAAAUUAAAAGGGACAGCAGGCAUUCCAGCUUUGAUAUCAUAUGGAGUCACCCCAGAGAAUAAGUAAUUUAUCUAAUAUAGAAAUUAAGAUCUUUUCUUAUUAUUCCAUUACUACAUUGUAAUUUAGGUGACAUAGCCAAAAGGAAACAAUUAUCUUUGCCUUAAAUAUUAAGAAUUGGUUUGAGAAUUACUGAAAUUUUGGAAAAAGUUCAUGAUUUGAACAUUCUUCAUCUCGAUAUUAAACCAGAAAACAUAAUGAUAUCAUCACCCUUGGUAAAUGAUUCUAAAAUAUUACAACCUGAUCUUAUUUAACUCAUUGAUUUUGGAUUAUCUUAGGAAAUAAUUAGAAAUUCUAAAUUAUUGAAAGAUGUAUUUAUUGGCUCAUUAAAUUUUGCCAGCAGACAAUCGCACAAGGGAGAAUAGCUAGGUUACAAGGAUGAUUUAGAAAGUCUCUUGUAUGUUUUGGUUUUCUUAAGAAAUUGUAUGUAUUUUCUUAACCCUUAGCAACUUUGCCAUGGUUCCAAAAACCAUCUUGGGGAUGUAGGGAAGUAGACAUCAAAGUCAUUGGGAGGAUCAAGUCAUUUCAUUUUAACUCUACCUCCUUAACUCAGAAUUUUCCUUUAUAGUUUUAGGAGAUCAUGUCUUACAUAGACUCUUUGAAGUACAACAUCUUGCCAGAUUAUGGUUAUCUCAAAAGCUUAUUUAUGGAAAUGAUAAAAAAACCCUAGUGCUCGGUUUUCUAAAUAAACUAAGUAUUCGAAUCUUAGAAUGAAAUAGAGACCUCAAUUUUGAUUGAUAAUUCUAAUGAGAACAAUAAAGACGAUAUGUAUAGUGACUAAGAGGAUAUGAUAAGUUUUGAGACAAAAAAUUUUUAAAUUUGUAAAAUAAUUGGUAAAUAUUUUACCAAUUCAAUUAAAUCAAUAAGUGACAUUAAAUCUUGA